AUGAAGAUAACAGGCAUUUUUGUGCUCCUCACCCUGGCAGUUCUUUGCUCAGCAAAUGCUGCCAAAAAAGAUGAGGUAGACUGCAGUGAAUACAGGAGUUUACAGGCAAGAAGACCUGUUUACUGUGAAAGGCUCUAUCAACCUUUUUGUGGCUCUGAUGGGAAAACCUAUAACAACAAGUGUUCCUUCUGUAAGGCAGUCCUGAGAAGCAGAGGUGCUUUACACAUGCAGCAAGCAGGUGCAUGCUGA